UCCAGUGGGUGGCGGUAAAACAGCAUGAAGUUGACCUGUCAACCGUCAUCAGGCAGGAGAAGGAAGUUCUCGCGCCAUUUGCGCCACUUGCGUCGCUGUCUGUCAAGCUAGUUUGUGUAGCCGUAAGUGUUCACGCUAGUUCAGUGCUGUUAUUAGAUCUAUUGAUGUGUUUAACUGAUCCGAAUUUAGAUCGAGAGAUCAGUCGCCGGAGAUCGGACUGUAGCUAUGAGGAGGAGUAAAGCAGAUGUGGAGCGCUAUAUUUCAUCCGUUUACAGCGCUUCUCCCUCACAGAAAGAGAGGCCGGUUAAAGGAUUUUUGUUUGCAAAGUUAUACUUUGAAGCUAAAGAGUAUGAACUUGCCAGAAGACAUGUUUCAGAUUAUUUAACAAUACAACCAAAGGAUCCUAAAGCACACAAGUUUCUUGGCCAACUAUUUGAAAGUGAUGGUGAAAUUGACAAGGCUGUGGGAUGUUACAAGCGUUCGGUGGAUCUGAAUCCAGCCCAGCGAGACCUGGUUCUGAAAGUGGCCGAGUUGCUCUGUAGUAAGCCGCUUCAUGACAGUCGAGUGGAGUUCUGGGUGGAGAAGGCUUCCAGGCUGCUGCCGGGUCAUCCGGAUGUUUUUAAACUGAAGGAGAAACUUCUGAGCGCUCAGGGUCAGAAGGGUUUCGGUCAGCUGUAUGAGCUGCUGGUAUCUGAACUCAAGCUUCGUCCUCAUGAUGUUUACAUUAACAGCAGAUUAAUUCAGCUGUACAGCUCAGACGGAUGCUAUGAUGAUGCUGUCAAACACUGUCUCGCUGUGGAGAAGAGCGCAGCUCUCAGAGACAGUCUGGACUGGUAUAAGGUCAUGGUCGAGACUCUUCGGGAUUAUCUCCGGCAGCCGAGCGUGUUGAAUAAUGAGCUGACGUCUCGUAAGAUUCAGAAAGAUCUUUUACUGUCACACUGCAGUCUCGUGAGACUCACGCUGAAGAUGAACAGCUGUCAGGAGAGCACUGAUGUUCUCUGCACUUUUGAUCGUGUGAUGCAGUCUCUAAAGAAUACAGCCAGAAGCACAGCGGAUGAUCUGUCCGAGGUGUUCACAGAGAUGAGAGCUCACCUGUACCUGUACGCUGGACAUCUGCUGAUGAAGACCGCUCAUGACAAACAGCAGUGGAGAGCCGUGCUUGAUUUAGCAGCGCUGUGUUAUCUCAUCGCUUAUCAGGCUCCAAGACCCAAAGCGAAAGCUUUCAAAGGUGACCUUCAAUCCCAUCAUCCUCUGGAGCUGUUGGCCUGUGAUCGUCAGAGUCAAGCGGGUCACAUGCUGUUGAAUUUGAGCUCGGACGCUGGGCAGCUGGUGAAUGAUGUGGUAGAAGCAUUCAGGAAUAAGAGCGGCCAGAACCAUCUGAUGGACAAACUCUUCGGUUCGCAGACACAGGAACAUCUGUCCUUCAUCAGCAACGAUGACAUCAGCAGCAUUAACGCACGCGCACCUGACGUCACCGAUCUCUCCAAGUGGGACAAUGGUUCGGUGUUGUGUCACGCCGGCUCUCUUCAGCACUUGACGUGGUUGGCUCUGCAGUGGGCUCUGAUGGGUCACAGCAUGUCUCUUCAGGAUUGGCUCAGACAGCUCUUUCCUCGGCUCACUCUUGAGACCUCCAAGCUGGACACUAACACCCCAGAAUCCAUCUGCCUGCUGGAUCUCGAGGUCUUUUUGUGUGGUGUUGUGUUAACGUGUUCCACUCAAAUGCAAGAGACUGCAAAGAUGAGCGCGAGUCGUCAGUCACAUGAGCCCAGAUGUUUACCCAUGAACAUCUUGAAGCUUCUGUCCUCAGAGAAACAGAGACAGUGGUGGGAUGCCGUCUACUGUCUGAUUCAUAAAAAAACACUGCCGGGGAUGUCAGCUAAUCUGCGAUUGGUUGUUCAGCAUGGGCUGAACACGCUACGGGCAGGGGAGAAACACGGCCUUCAACCAGCGCUGCUUAUACACUGGGCCCGGCAUCUCACAAACGCUGGUGAAAGGGUGAACUCCUACUAUGAUCAGAAAGAGUAUGCUGGUCGUUGUGUACACUACUGGAAGGUUGUGCUUCCGUCACUUGAGAAAAUCAAAAAGAGACGGAGCAUCCCGGAGCCUCUGGAACCCAUGUUCCAACACUUCCAAAGUCAAGACAUAAAGUUCUCUGAUGUGCGUGUGUAUGAGGAAGAGGCGGCCAUCAGUAUUGCUGCACUGCUCGACAUCGAAGGCAACACAGAUGAGGCCAUCUCACAGCUUCAGAAGCUGAACAGCGUCUCAUCUAACUGGCAUCUCGCUAAGAUGUAUCAGAGACUCUCAGAGGAGGCCGGGAACGGGCUGGAGGAAACUCAAGACCGGUGCGUUAACUUUCUUCGGCAGUUCAGAAAAUACUUAAGAAAGAUCAGUCAGGCCAAUGCAGAGGACGUGGAGAAGUUACCUGUGUCUAUGGAGGAAGUGAUGGAUUUGUUGAAUGAAGUCAACCAGCAGCUUGAGGAUAACGGAGAGAUGGAUGAAGAUCAUUUAGAUCAUCCUGUGACAUCAAGUCCCAGUCAGCCCACAGAAGCACACGUGAAGUUCUCCAUGCCGUCCCCAACCAAAAGCGUCACGUCACCCACCAAAAGACCAGUGUUUUCCCCAAGAACCCCUCCUCACUGGGCUGAGGACCAGAAGUCACUCUUACAGAUGUUGUGUCAGCAGGUCGAAGCCUUGAAGAAUGAGGUCCAUGACUUGCGUCACAACUCGUCUGAUGCUACAGGGUCUCCGUAUAGGAUGUAUGGAGAAAGUUACGCUGCUGAAGGACUUCAGGAAGCUUUUCCAGGGGCACAGACAUUUCAUGGGGUUCCUCUUACAGUUGCCACUACAGGGCCCUCGGGAUACUACAAUCAGUCUCCGGCGUAUAACUCGCAGUACCUUCUGCGUCCUGCUGUGAACGUUACGCCAACAAAGGGUCCGGUAUACGGGAUAAAUCGACUUCCUCCACAGCAACAUGUGUAUGCCUACCAACAAUCAACACACACGCCACCUCUUCAGUCAACGCCCGCAUGCAUAUAUCCUCAAGAACAGGUGUUUGGUGCUCCAAUUCGAUUCGAGUCACCAGCUACAGCCUUACUCUCACCAUACAGUGAAGAAUAUUACGCUCACAAUGUUCCUCAGCCUACAACCAACCCAUCGUUGCCUGAGCCUGGAUAUUUUACCAAGCCAAGUGUUGUUCCAUCUGCCCAGGCAGCAAGGAGCAGUGAAACCAAGACGACAGACCCCAAGAUGAGCUUUGGGCAGCAGUUCUCCGGCGAGCCUCCUAAGGUUCCAAAUUUCGGUGGCGUAGUUGCUGCCCCAUCAACCUCGGCCACAAACGCAUUCAAGUUCAACUCUAACUUCAAGUCUAAUGAUGGCGAUUUGACCUUUUCGUCUACCCAAAUGAAAAACAGUGAAAGUCUUUUGGGACUUCUGACAUCAGAAAUGCCCCCCAAAACUGAAGGAUUGUCUGAAGCAAAACAUCAGACUCAAGACCAGCGGUCUAGCCAGGGUGGAGUUUUCACCUUUGGUGGUAAAAAUGCUGCAGGAUUUUUAUUCUCCGAUGCUGCUCAGAGUAAAACGAUUACUUUUGGCACAAAUGAGCAAACAUUUAACUUUCCAAGUGGAAUUCAACCUUUACUUGGAAAUGCGGAGACGCGAGAAGAAAGAAGUGUUGAGAGUGAUAAUGAGAGUACCCACGUGGAAGAGGAUGAAGAUGGACCUCAUUUUGAACCCAUUGUGCCUCUACCUGAUAAAGUUGAUGUGAAAACCGGUGAGGAGGAGGAAGAGGAGAUGUUCUGUAACAGAGCCAAACUCUUCCGAUUUGAGUCUGACACCAAAGAAUGGAAGGAGAGGGGCAUUGGCAGCAUCAAAAUUCUGAAACACAAAUCUUCUGGGAAGGUUCGUCUGUUGAUGAGGAGGGAGCAAGUUCUCAAAAUCUGUGCUAAUCACUACAUCACAGCAGAUAUGGCCUUGAAACCAAACGCUGGAUCUGACAAGUCCUGGGUGUGGUAUGCCAUGGACUAUGCAGAUGAAAUGCCAAGGACAGAGCAGCUGGCCAUACGUUUCAAAACAGCAGACGAGGCGGCCCUGUUCAAAUCGAAAUUCGAAGAGGCUCAGAAUCUAGAGAAAAAAUGUGAACGGGUGUCACACGAAGAAAUGGAUCUUAAAACUCGCUUUUCCAAAAAAGAGGGUGAAUGGGACUGCGACGUAUGUUGUCUAAGAAACGGCCCCACAUCUGCAGCAUGUAUUGCCUGCAACAGCCCUGGUCCAUCUGUCAAGGGUCAUAAACCUCAGGAGGAAGGAAACGACUCAGUCCCGGUUGCUCCUUCUUCUAAACUCCUCACUUUUGGACUUCCUGGGGAUUCUCUUAAGAAUACCUCCAUGAAUGUCAGCUCAUUUGGAUCUCAAAUCCCUAAUACUUUUAAAUUUGGCUUAAGCGAUGCCGUUUUGGAACCUCAGGCAGAUACACCAGCAGAUCAGACUGAUUCGUCACAAGCCGUGAAAGGGGAUGUAGCAUCAUUUUCUUUUGGCUCUGGAUUUGGCUCUAAAUUUGUAAAGAAAGAGGGUCAGUGGGACUGUGACGCCUGCUUAGUAAGGAACAAAGCAACAGCAACUGAAUGUGUUUCUUGCAAAACCCCCUGCAGCACUGGAAAAAAUAAAUCGACAUCGCAAGGUGGCUUAGCUGCCAUGUUCGCUAAAAAAGAUGAGCAAUGGGAUUGCGAAACUUGCCUGGUAAGAAAUGAGGGUACGUCCAGCCACUGUGUCGCAUGCCGAACGGCGAACCCAAAUGUGAAAAGCAAGACUUCCACUGCACCCUCAAGUUCCUCUUUUGCCUUUAGUUUUGGUAGUUCUUCCGACCAACCUGCUGCAACUGGAAUUAAAGCAGCUUUCAAUUCGGGCCCUCCUUUUCAGUUUGGUUUGAGUAAAGAUAAAACGACUUCAGAAAGCUUCAACUUUGUGCCUUCUACAACUGGGAUGGAUAAGUCAUCAAGCAGUUCAACCUUUUUGUUUUCCAUGCCAAUGCCUCCUGGCGGAUUCAAGUUUGGCACUGGGGAGUCGGAGGCAAAGUCAUCACAAAAUGAAUCUGCAUCUCAACUCCUCAGAAAUUUUGCCGAACAGCACAAAGAGACAGAGACAGCCACUUCGGUUCCAUCUACGGACAAUGUUAGUGAUAGUGACAAUCCUCUUAUCAGCGGCAAGUCAAACUCUUUCAGUUUUGCAGACUUGGCAAAGUCCUCACAAGGUACCUUUCAGCUUGGGCCAAAGGAUCCCAAUUUCAAAGGCUUUGCAAGGGCCGGAGAACAAGUCUUUACCUCAUUGCAGUCCAGCCUAAAGACUGACACAUCAGCUGAUCAAGAGGAUGAAGAAAUUUACAAAACAGAGGAGAACGAUGAUAUUCAGUUUGAACCAGUUGUUCAGAUGCCUGAGAAGGUUGACCUUGUUACCGGGGAGGAGGAUGAGAAAAUCUUGUAUUCGCAACGUGUCAAGCUCUUUAGAUUUGAUACAGAAACUAGUCAGUGGAAAGAAAGAGGGGUUGGCAACCUUAAAUUGCUCAAAAACAAUCAAAAUGGCAAACUCCGAGUUCUUAUGAGGAGAGAGCAGGUGUUGAAGGUAUGUGCUAACCACUGGAUCACAACCACAAUGAACUUAAAGCCCCUCGCUGGGUCAGAUCGGGCCUGGAUGUGGCUAGCCAAUGACUUCUCUGAAGGAGAUGCCAAGCUAGAGCAACUUGCAGCAAAAUUGAAAACACCAGAGCUUGCAGAAGACUUCAAGGAAAAGUUUGAGGAAUGUCAACGGCUCCUUUUGGAUAUUCCUCUGCAGACCCCUCACAAGCUUGUCAGCUCGGGCAGAACGGCCCAUCUUAUACAGAAAGCUGAAGAAAUGAAAACUGGUCUCAAAGACCUCAAAUCCUUCUUGACCUAUCAGAGCAAAGACGAGGAAAGAAAUGUCACAAGUAGCGAGGCCUCUGAAUUGGCGGCCAAACCCGACUCUGAAAGCACCGGACCCACUUUGGAGUGGGAUAACUACGAUUUUCAGAAGGAGGCACUUGACGACAGCACUGACACCUCUUUGUACGCUACUCCUCUGCAACCCGAUCCGCUUCCAAAAAAUUUGUUUUGUUUUGGCAAAUCGUCCACAGGCUUUAGUUUCAGUUUUCAGCCUAUUGUCAGUCCCUCCAAGUCCCCAUCUAAGCUGAACCAGAGCCAGGGGUCCGUCGGCACAGAUGACGAGCAAGAGGUGUCACAGGAAGAAGAGCGGGAUGGGCAGUACUUCGAGCCCAUUGUGCCGCUGCCGGACCUUGUCGAAGUCUCGACAGGGGAGGAGAACGAGCAAGCGGUUUUCAGCCACAGAGCCAAGCUAUUCCGCUACGACAAAGAACUCUGUCAGUGGAAGGAAAGAGGUAUAGGAGACCUUAAAAUACUACAGCAUUAUGAAACCAAGUGCGUGAGACUCGUCAUGAGACGGGACCAGGUUCUCAAACUCUGUGCGAACCAUUGGAUAAAUUCAGCUAUGAACCUCGAACCAAUGAAAGGAAGCGAUAAAGCGUGGAUCUGGAGCGCCGUCGAUUUUGCUGAAGGGAAGGGCAAUGUUGAACAAUUAGCAGUGCGCUUUAAACUGCAGGAGACUGCCACUGCUUUCAAACAUAUCUUUGAAGAAGCAAAGGACGCUCAGGAAAAAAAAAGGCUACUUGCCCAGGUUUCUUCUGGAGUGCAGGCCACCGUCAAACAGACACUCUGUGGUGAGGCUGCGGUCGCUGUGCUGGAGGAAACCACUAGAGAAAGUACUGGACCGUCUGACGAAACCGACCUGAAACCGGAUGGGACACUUGGUGCAGAGCACAGUACUCAGAACAUCAAGACUGUGGUGUCUCCUCCUAAGUUUGUCUUUGGAUCACAAUCCGUACAGAAGAUCUUUGGUAGCCCCAUAUCGUCAAAAGAAAAGUCUUCCGUUUUACCCUGCUCCCAAGAUGAGCCGGAAACGAGUGCAACAAAGCCGAAAGCCUUCGAACAGACCGCGAGCAGUCAGACUGCAACUCCAUUCAACAUACCAGUAAGAGUUUCUCCUCAGAACGUUUGUGAUGAUGUUGAGAUUGUAUUUGAACGAAAGCCCACAGAAGAGCAGGCUCAGCUGGCCGCCGGACUUCUGCUUCCUUCCACCUUCUUCUGUUACAAAAACCACCCAGGAUAUGUCAGUGAUGAUGAUGAUGAUGAAACGUUUGAAAGUGCCGUGAAGAGUCUGAGAGGAAAACUCUAUCCUGACGGAGGUGAAGGAGCUUCUGAUCCAGACUGCAUUCUGGUGUGGGAGAAGAAAGCGACACCAGAAGAGGAGGAAAGAGCUCGACGUCUCCAGCUGCCUCCGACCUUUCUGUGUGGAGUGAGCAGCGAUUCUGAACCUGAGGCCGAGAGACACGACGACUUCAUGACUGAGAUCAAUAAACUCAAACACAUUCAGGUCAAAGAAAACUCUGCUGAUCUCAGAUCAGUGAAGAGUGUGAGAGAGCAGACUGAUGCCGGACGUCCCAUCGACCUCUCAAGCAAGAGCGGCGCUGAACCCAACACAACGACUCCAUUCAGCUUUGGAACUACUGCCGCAUUUUCAUUUUCUGACUUGGCAAAAAGUUCCGGCGAAUUUUCUUUUGGUAGAAAAGAGUCCGAUUUUUCCUGGGCAAAUGCGGGAGCGGCAGUGUUUGAAAGAGUUCAAGAGCGAGAUGAUGGGGAGGAAGAGAACAGCGAUGAAGAAGCACCUAAAAAUGAUGACAUCCACUUUGAGCCCAUAGUUUCUUUACCUGAGGUGGAGGUGAAGUCUGGUGAAGAGGAUGAGGAGAUUCUGUUUAAAGGGAGAACCAAACUUUUCCGCUGGGACCGCGAUCUCGGCCAGUGGAAAGAACGUGGAGUUGGAGACCUCAAGGUCCUCUUCCAUCCUGUAAAGAAGUGCUACCGUGUUCUUAUGAGACGAGAUCAGGUGCUCAAAGUGUGCGCCAACCACGUCAUCACCCAGAGCAUUGAGCUGAAGCCCAUGAACACCUCAGCCAGCGCGCUGGUGUGGACGGCCACAGACUACGCAGAGGGAGAUGGUAAAGUGGAACAGCUCGCAGCCAAGUUCAAGACUCCAGAGCUGGCCGAGAUCUUCAGACGGGCGUUUACAGACUGCCAGAGUCGCAUGUCGCAGGCGCACUCUUCUCAGAUGUCCCUAGCCGAGGGACUUUCGAGAGAGACCAACCCCGUGGUGUUCUUCAGCAUCGCCGUAGAUGACGAGCCAAUCGGACGGAUCAUAUUGGAGCUUUUCGCUCACGUGGUUCCUAAAACCUCAGAAAACUUCCGAGCUCUGUGCACCGGAGAAAAGGGCUUCGGUUACCACGGCUCAGUUUUCCACAGGAUCGUUCCUAACUUCAUGUGUCAGGGGGGCGAUAUCACCAACCGGGACGGAACGGGAGGGAAAUCCAUCUACGGACUUAAGUUUGAAGAUGAGAACUUUGACGUGAAGCACACGGGGCCGGGCCUGCUGUCUAUGGCCAAUCGUGGAAGAGAUACCAACACCUCUCAGUUCUUCAUCACUCUGAAAAAAGCAGAGCACUUGGACUUCAAGCACGUGGCCUUUGGCUUUGUCAAAGAUGGUAUUGAUGUGGUGAAUCACAUGGGAGAACUGGGCACAAAGGAUGGCAAACCCAUGAAAAAGAUAACUAUUAUAAAAUGUGGACAGUUGUGAGCUUUUCUACAUUUGGUAUACUGCCCUCUGACACAGAGUUUCUAACCCACUGUUUAAACAUGCGUGGGAACUUUGCUUUUAUUUUCUUUCUUGUUUCGACGUUCAUGUUCAU